GGAAUGGAAGCACUGUUUCCUUGCCAGAUUCCGUAUCACUCUAUCUCAUGAACCUUUGUAAUCCUGGGGAAGAGCCUGUGUCUAAGGAUGACAAACCUGUCACUGGUGUAGCAACAGCAGUCUGAGGGGAAGAAACAACAACAACAAAAAAACGAAAAUAAAGCGUUUACAUUUAUAUUCAACAUUUCAACCGACAACCUCUGUUGCACUGUGUUUCCAAGAUGAACCGAUACACAACCAUGAGACAGCUGGGGGACGGCACAUACGGGAGUGUGCUGAUGGGCAAGAGUAACGAAUCUGGGGAGCUGGUGGCCAUCAAAAGAAUGAAGAGAAAGUUCUAUUCUUGGGAUGAAUGUAUGAACUUGAGAGAAGUUAAGUCUCUGAAGAAACUCAAUCAUGCCAAUGUGAUUAAACUUAAAGAAGUUAUCAGAGAAAAUGACCAUCUCUAUUUUAUAUUCGAAUAUAUGAAAGAAAACCUCUAUCAAUUAAUGAAAGACAGAAACAAGCUGUUCCCUGAGUCAGUCAUCAGAAAUAUUAUGUAUCAAAUAUUGCAGGGGCUGGCAUUUAUCCAUAAACAUGGUUUUUUUCAUAGGGAUAUGAAACCAGAAAACUUGCUUUGUAUGGGUCCAGAACUUGUGAAAAUUGCUGAUUUUGGACUUGCAAGAGAAUUAAGAUCACAGCCACCAUAUACUGAUUAUGUAUCUACCAGAUGGUAUCGUGCCCCUGAAGUUUUAUUAAGAUCUUCAGUGUACAGCUCUCCCAUUGAUAUAUGGGCUGUUGGGAGUAUAAUGGCUGAACUAUAUACAUUAAGACCACUUUUCCCAGGGACAAGUGAGGUCGAUGAAAUCUUUAAGAUUUGCCAAGUUUUAGGGACUCCCAAAAAAAGUGACUGGCCAGAAGGGUACCAGCUUGCGUCCUCUAUGAACUUCCGUUUUCCCCAGUGUGUUCCUAUAAACUUAAAAACUCUUAUUCCCAAUGCCAGUAAUGAAGCGAUUCAGCUUAUGACUGAAAUGUUGAAUUGGGAUCCGAAGAAGCGACCAACAGCAAGUCAGGCAUUGAAACACUCGUAUUUUCAAGUUGGUCAAGUACUGGGCCCUUCCUCACAUCAUCUGGAAUCGAAACAAUCUUUAAAUAAGCAGGUGCAACCACUAGAAUCAAAGCCAUCUUUAGGGGAUCUAGAAUUGAAGCCCCUGCCAGACACAAAUGAGCAGACGGUCAGACAGCCCCAACCGAAGAACAGCCACCAGCCACUGGAGUCCAUCCAGCCGCCCCAGAACACGAGUGUCCAGCCAGCGCCAAAGCAGCCGGGACAGCAGAAACAGCCGCAAACACUGUUUCCAAGUAUUGUCCGAACCAUGCCGACCAAGCCAAAUGGCACACUGGGUCAUAAAAGUGCUAGGAGGCGUUGGGGUCAGACUGUGUUCAAGUCUGGAGAUAGCUGGGAAGAAUUUGAGGACUGCGAUCUCGGAGCCUCCCAUUCCAAGAAGCCAAGCAUGAACAUAUUCAAAGAAAAGAGGAAAAAAGAUUCUCCAUUUCGGCUUCCAGACUCCAUCCCCUCCGGCUCCCACCACUCCGCAGGGGAAAACAAGAGCUUACCUGCUGCUUUUCCCCUAAAAUCUGAUCCUGAACUGUCAACGGCCUCAACAGCUAAACAGUACUACUUGAGGCAAUCAAGAUACCUUCCAGGUGUAAAUCCCAAGAAUGUGUCCUUGGUAGCCAGUGGAAAGGAUAUAAACCCAUAUACUUGGAGUAAUCAGUUAUUUCCUAAGUCAUUGGGACAUGUGGGGGCAGAACUUGCUUUCAAAAGGAGUAAUGCAGGAAAUCUUGGAAGCUAUGCUACUUACAAUCAGUCAGGAUAUAUUCCUUCCUUUCUCAAAAAAGAAGUGGGCUCAGCUGGCCAGAGGAUACACUUAGCACCUCUCAGUGCAACAACGUCAGAAUAUACCUGGAACACAAAACCUGGUCGGGGGCAGUUUUCAGGACGUACUUACAAUCCUACGGCCAAGAAUCUAAAUAUUGUGAACCGUGCACAGCCGGUUCCCUCGGUGCAUGGAAGGACAGACUGGGUGGCUAAGUAUGGCGGCCACCGGUAGGAGUCUCGUGUGAAGCCCCGCAGCACCGCUCCAAGGAGCCCUGCAAGUCCCCUGACCCUAGGAAAUGUCUACCGAUGUCAUGUCUAUUUCUACUGAGUUCUGGAAGAAAUAUGCAGUAGUGGGUACUUUGAAGAGCAAAAACCAUCUCCGAUUUUCUUUCCUAGAAAUGAAAUGCAUAUUCUUAGCAUUGGUUGCCCACAGUGCUGAUAUACGGGUAGGACUUUACAAAGUAUUGAAUAAACUAUUUGCCAAAGUA